AUGGAGGCCUUCUAUAAAGGACCAAUCAGAUUCAAUUUAGUAAGAGAUGUUCAGAAGCUUGGAGGGAUACUGACAGUAGAGGACUUGCAGAGGUAUCAAGUUAGACAUGCAUUCGCUAUGGGGAUGAAUCUUGGCGAUCCUGACUUUGCUAAUGUAACUCAAGUCAUGUCAGAUACGAUCUCUCCAAAAUUCGCAGAAGAGUUAAAGAAAACCAUUUAUGACAACAGGACUUUUGAUCCUGUUCGUUAUGGUGGCAGAUGGAACCAGAUUAUUGAUCACGGCACAAGUCAUACAUCCAUCGUAGACAGUGAGAGAAAUGCUGUCUCCAUGACCAGCACUGUGAAUGCAUACUUUGGGGCACAAAUAUUGAACGAUACUGGGAAUGUUCCACCGCCAGCACCUCCUAAUUUCAUCAGGGCAGGGAAGAGACCGUUAUCAUCUAUGACGCCUACUAUUGUGUUGAAGGAUGAGAAACUGAAAGGUGUGGUAGGUGCAAGCGGGGGAGCCAUGAUCAUUGCUGGGACUACAGAGGUUUUGUUAAAUCAUUUUGCCAAGGGAAUGGAUCCACUCUCUUCUGUCUUGGCUACAAGGGUCUAUCAUCAGGAUGUGUACGUGCACGUGGAGGCAGAAUAUCCGAUAUGGGACAAUAUGUUUGUGAUUGGUUCAUGA